AUGUUUGGUGUUCUCCUGGCUGUUGUUUUACUUCCCCUUGCCAUAUUCUUACUAUGGCCUGUCCUAGUUUAUUUCGUGUUUCGCAUGUUUUUAUGUAAACGUGGUGAUUUAAAGAAAGCGGGGGAGUGGGCCAUCAUCACUGGAGCAACUGAUGGCAUUGGGAGGGCUUUUGCUGAAUUUUUGGCUAAAGAAGGCUUGAACAUCUUCCUCAUCAGCCGUACAGAAGCAAAACUGGUAGCGGCCGCGGGAGAGUUGGAAAAGGACUACAAUGUGAAGACGAAAAUUUUUGUUGAUUUUUCAUAUGAUCAGUUUCACUCUGAAAUCGAAGAACUCUCAUCAAUCUCCUGCUUUAUCAAUAAUGCUGGUUUAUCUUACCCUUACCCAGACGCAUUACACUCAAGUCCAUUCCUGACUCCCUCUUUCUUUAACAUCACUGUUCUAACGAAACUGACGCGCAUAGUCCUUCCCAAAAUGGUCAACGAUCCUAUGCCGCCACCUGGUGUUCAUCGCUAUUUGAUCAAUGUGGGAUCUUUAUCUGGUUUAUUAACGAUCCCCUACCUUACUGUCUACGGUGCUACCAAGGCCUAUGUUCACUCAUUCACCGAAGCCUUGGCGGUUGAACUGGAGGGCACUUGUGUUCGUGUGCAGAUGUUCGCUCCAUCCUUUGUCUCCACCAAGAUGUCGGGGAUAAAACGCGCUUCAAUUACAGUUCCCUCAGCAAAAACUUACGCCAACUCAGCGCUGUCAAUGAUCGGCGUUGAGACUGUUAGUACUGGAUACUUUGUUCAUGCUCUCAUCUGGCAGUUUUCGCGCCUGAUUCCCUCCCGUAUCUUCUCCUCUUAUAUGGCCAAGCGAACACUUUGCGCACGCGAGAGACACCUUCGUAAACAGAAGACCAAUUAA